CACUGCUGUGUUGUCUACACCUACUUCAGAUAGGAACAGAUUUUCAAGAACAGUCAAGAGUUCACUCAAACUAAGAAAGGUCCAGUUCCAUGGAUAGAAGAGCUGCACAUUGGGGAAGAGAACAAUAGCUCAUGGUUUCAACUGAGAGGUCAGAAACUACUGUGACCCAAGCAGUUGUGUAUGCAACAGAGGCAGAAGCCAAUCUUCUAGCAGCAUCCUAAGAGACAUUUUUAUGAACUUCAGAGCAGGAACAGGCCACUGAUCAGAUGCAAACAGAAUCUUUACCUUCAUGUCCCAACACUGUGUCACCGGUGAGAUUAAAUAAUCUGAUCGGUUCUCCAAGGUUUGGAACAGUUACUCCAAAUCGUGUCUUUGUUGGAGGAAUUGAUUUUAAGACUAAUGAAAAUGAUCUGAAGAAGUUUUUUGCUCAGUAUGGCAGUGUGACAGAAGUGAAGAUAAUAAAUGACAGAGCUGGAGUAUCAAAGGGGUAUGGCUUUGUUACAUUUGAAACCCAAGAAGAGGCACAGAAGAUUUUACAAGAUGCUAAAAAACUCAACUAUAAGGAUAAGAAAUUGAAUAUUGGACCAGCAAUAAGAAAACAAGUGCGGAGUCCUAAUGCUCGUUCUGCUGUAACACCACAAGCUGGUACAAUGUAUGCAACUACUGCUGUAUCACCAGAAGCUGGUACAAUGUACUUGACCACUUCCAGUGGAUAUCCAUAUGUUUACCAUAAUGGAGUGGCUUAUUUUCAUACAUCUGAAGUCUCUCCUGUUCAGCAACCGUGGCCAUCUCGCUCUGUUUCCAGUUCACCUGUGAUGGUUGCUCCACCUGUUUAUCAGUCUCCUACGUACCAUUAUCAGGCACCAACACAGUGUCUUUCAAGUCAGUGGCAGUGGUCUGUUCCACAGUCUCCUACCUCUUCACCUCCACUCCUGUAUCUGCAACCAUCUGAAGUCUUUUAUCAGCCAAUAGGAAUUAACCAGGAAGCUGGAUGUAUAUCUCCACCUCUCUUAAUGGAAGCUGCAGUUCCUGAGCUGUAUUCUGAUCAUGGAGUUCAGACUCUACAUCACCAGCCCUAUGUCCAGAGUCACAUAGCCAUGCCUGCAGCUUCCUUCCUGUGUGGCUGAGAUCCAUCAUCAACAUAACAACUAGCAGCUGCCAGUUGUGGAAUUUGGGGUCAGUUGUUUC